GACCUGGACCCCCAUCUCCCCGCUUUCUCUUCUCCUCCGAAGCGGUGAGAAAACAGGGCGAGAGAGAGAAGGGAGCGUCUCUCUCACUGCGCCUCUCUUCUUCCGUUCGAGCUGUUCGUCCUCUCCAGUGUCUCUUCUUUCCCUUCUCUCCCCGAUCCCGAAUUCCGGCUUGCGUUUUCUCUCCAGGUUUAAUUCCCUCCUUCUUCUUUCUCUUUCGUGUUCUCGGUCUCGGAAGAAAUCGCGUGUGAAAGGUGGGAAUUUCGAAUCGUUUGCAAACCAAGGCAGGUGUUUCGAACUCGAUUUCAUCGGAAAAAUUUGUUCGUUUCGCUUUAAUUUGAGGCGAAUUACUGCGUCGAAAUUGGGGACGGGUUUUGAGAUAUCAUGAUCAGGUUGCGGAAGAUUCCAAGAUUGAUAAUGUAGGCGGUGAUCGUCUCGUGUCCGCUUAGUGAAGAAUGAUGCUGUAACGGGAGUGGAGUAACGCUUUUUGCUCUGGUGGUGGAUUGGAGUAAAAAUGGCGCAUAGUAACUGGGAAGCGGAUAAGAUGCUUGAUGUUUAUAUCUAUGAUUAUCUGGUGAAACGGAAUCUACAAACGACAGCAAAGGCCUUUAUGGCCGAGGGAAAGGUUGCUGCUGAUCCAGUAGCGAUUGAUGCUCCGGGAGGAUUUCUUUUUGAAUGGUGGUCUGUUUUUUGGGAUAUUUUCAUUGCAAGGACUAAUGAAAAGCAUUCUGAAGUUGCUGUAGCUUAUAUAGAGGCACAACAAAUCAAGGCAAGAGAGCAUCAGCAGCAGUUACAGAUGCAGCAAUUGCAACUCAUGCAGCAGCGACAUGCUCAUUUGCAGCGCACUAAUGCUAAUCACCCUUCUUUUAGUGGUCCUAUAAAUACAAUAAGUUCUGAUGGAGUUCUGGGUUCGUCAACUGCCAGUGUUUUAGCGGCAAAAAUGUAUGAAGAGCGUUUAAAGAAUCCACACUCAAUAGAGUCUGAUGCAUCCCCUCAGCUUCUUGAUGCUAGUAGAAUGGCGCUGCUCAAGUCAGCAGCAAACCAUCCAGGGCAGCUAAUGCAAGGCAAUCCAGGCAAUGUAUCUGCAACACUGCAGCAAAUUCAGGCACGGACUCCACAGGCAACUGACAUUAAAAGUGAGGCUAACAUGGCUGUAGCUCAAAGAUCUUUGCCAAUGGAUCCAUCCUCGAUAUAUGGACCGGGUAUUAUCCAGUCAAAAUCUGGAUUGGGUGGUGCUGGAUUGAACCAAGGUGUCAGUGGUCUUCCAUUGAAGGGCUGGCCUUUGACUGGGAUUGACCAGAUACGUCCAAAUAUAGGCCCACAAAUGCAGAAGCCUUUUCUAUCUACGCAAUCUCAGUUUCAGCUUCUGUCACAACAGCAACAACAACAAUUGUUAGCACAAGCCCAAGCUCAAGGAAAUCUUGGCAACUUGCCUAACUAUGGAGAUUUGGAUCCCAGAAGAUUUAGGGCCUUACCUAGAGGUGGCUUGAAUGCAAAAGAUGGUCAACCUGCUGGAACUGAUGGAUCCAUAGGUUCCCCAAUUCAGUCGAAUUCACCAAAGGUUAGACAGGAUCCAGCUGAAUAUCUUAUGAAGUUGAAGGUGCCCCAGAUGCAGCAUUCCUCUGCUCAGCAACCACAGGAACAAUUCCAACAGCAACAGCAGUUACAACAGACUAAUAGGAAAAGGAAACAGCCUUCUUCAUCGGGAGCUGCAAAUAGUACUGGAACAGGAAAUACUGUGGGCCCUUCUCCCAACUCCCCUCCGUCGACUCCAUCAACCCAUAAUACUGGUGAUGUAGUUGCAAUGGCUGGGAAUAUACGUCAUGUCAACAGUAUGCCAAAAAGCUUGAUGAUGUAUGGUACAGAUGGAACAGGAGGUCUUGCGUCAUCUUCAAAUCAAAUGGAUGAUUUGGAGCCUUUUGGGGAUGUUGGUUCAUUGGAUGACAAUGUAGAAUCGUUUUUAUCACAUGAUGAUGGAGAUGCCAGAGAUAUAUUUGCAGCACUAAAAAAAAGUCCUGCAGAGCCCAACCCAGGGUCUUCAAAGGGUUUCGCAUUCACGGAGGUUGGCUCUAGCCGCAUAAGCAACAACAAAGUUGUUUGCUGCCACUUUUCUUCAGAUGGGAAGUUGUUGGCCAGUGCUGGGCAUGAAAAGAAGGUCAUUCUCUGGAACAUGGAUACCCUGCAGACUGAGAGCACUCCCGAAGAACAUAGUCAAAUUAUUACAGAUGUUCGUUUUAGGCCAAACUCAACUCAGCUGGCAACAUCUUCUUUUGAUAGAACUGUGCGACUGUGGAAUGCGGCAGAUCCUAGCUUUUGUUUGAAUGUAUUCAGUGGGCACAACUCCCAAGUGACAUCUCUUGAUUUUCAUCCAAAGAAGACAGAUAUCUUCUGCUCUUGUGAUAGUAAUGGCGAAAUUCGAUACUGGAGUGCUGACCAGUUUUCAUUCUCACGUGUUUCUAAGGGUGGUACGGUACAAGUUAGGUUUCAGCCUAACAUUGGGCAGUAUUUAGCUGCAGCAGCGGAAAAUGUGGUGUCCAUUUUUGAUGUUGAGACAGACAGAAAGAUAUACACAUUUCAGGGCCACACCAAGGGGGUGCAAUCUAUUUGCUGGGACAAUAGUGGGGAAUACCUAGCAUGUGUCAGUCAGGAUUGUGUUAAGGUGUGGUCGUUAUCAAGGGGAGACUUCAUUCACGAGCUAAGCUCCAAUGGAAACAAGUUUAAUUCAUGUGUUUUUCAUCCAAACUAUACUAACCUUUUGGUUAUUGGAGGUUAUCAGUCAUUGGAGCUGUGGAACGUCAUAGAGAAUCAAACCAUGAAGGUCCAGGCACAUGAAGGACUGAUUGCAGCACUGGCACAGGCACAAGUCACUGGAAUGGUGGCAUCUGCUAGCCAUGACAAGUCUGUUAAGUUGUGGAGGCAUGGAGCCUCGUAGUGUUGCUGACAGCGUUCUCUCAUAAAGUUUCAGGUUAAAAUAAACGAAGAAAUAAUAUCCUCUAAAUUUUGUUGGUCGGUCGUUGAGAGCAAUAAAAAAUGGAGGUAGGUGAUUGGAUAGUGAGUUUGGAGGGUUCUGUGUGUGUGAAAGGAUGGGUUGUCAUGCUUUGAUGGCUUUGGGCUGGUACACCGGAGGAAGGUUGUAGUCUGUUUUUUCACGUUUUUCAUUAAAGUAGAUACUGUCGUUGAUUUGGAGAAAUGGUGCAGUCUCGGGGGGGAGAUGGAUGUGUUUUGACUUGUUUA